AUGGCAAAAACAACUAAAUUAGCCUAUCUUUUUAAAGAAUACCAAGGGUAAAAGCUUUAUUCACAUUGUAUGAGUUGGAUGGCAGAAAAAAUCAAACAACAAACAAACAAACAAAAACACAAAGAAGCAAAAAAUUAAUAUUCAAACAUUAAAAAAAACAACAAAUCAAUACUAAAUGUGUUGCUAGAAUUCUAAAAAAGUAAAUUAACUUGA